CUUUUGCAGUUUUUUAAAGUUUCUGUUGGUAUAACCGAGACUUAUUACCACCCUUCGUCGUGAGAUUGAUGGUUAACUUUCUUCCCAGCCAGCAGUGAGAGAAUUUGCGAUAUCAUUGCUAGUAGACUUAAAAAAAGACGAGCAGAAUUCGAAUGUAAACCCAUCUCCACCAGGUAAUCUUUUGCAUCUAAAACUUCCGUUAACUUUUGUGCACCUCUCAAAUGACACAAAACCUUCGUGCUCUCCUCUUGAAAGUUGUAGAAGUUGUAACCCUUCUAGAAAGUAGCUUAGUAGGUCGUUCCUAACAAUUGUUUCAUUUUAGAAUUUCUUCAGUAAUAUUGUUUCUUUUUCAGUCAAAAUAAUUCACUUUUUGUUUACCGUUGUCAUCUUUUGACUCAGUGAAAACUCUUGUAAUUUCGUCUUUCGAUAUGAAGAAAGUGUACUAGUGUCUAGCAAGAUUGUGCGCUGGGGAUUCCUUUAAAGAAGGGUGGACCUGAGCAUGACUGACCAGGCAACCUCUUACAGUAUCGUGGGAACCGCAUCUGGGUUCCUUGGUGAUGUUCAGCAAGCAAAGGACAAUCAUGUUCGUGAGCUGAAUAUUCGUUUGAAGAAUUUAGGACCUGAUCAUGUUGACGUGGCAGCGUCUUACAGUGACUUGGGAACCGUUUGUGGUGCCCUUGGUGAAUUUCAGCAAGCAAAGGAGUAUCAUAGUCAAGCGCUGGAUAUUCGUUUGAAGAAUCUAGGAUCUGAGCAUGUUGACGUGGCAACUUCUUUCAGUGGCUUGGGGACCGUUUGUGGUGCCCUUGGUGAAUUUCAGCGAGCAAAGGACUAUCACGGUCGUGCGCUGAAUAUUUAUUGGAAGAAAUUAGGACCUGAGCAUGUUGACGUGGCAGCUUCCUACAAUGGCUUGGGGACCGUAUUUUGUGCCCUUGGUGAAUUUCAGCAAGCAAAGAACUAUCAUGGUCGUGCGCUGGAUAUUCGUUUGAAGAAUUUAGGACCUGAGCAUGCUGACGUGGCAGCUUCUUACAGUGGCUUAGGGACCGUAUGUGGUGCCCUUGGUGAAUUGCAGCAAGCAAAGGACUAUCAUGGUCGUGCGCUAGAUAUUCGUUUGAAGAAUUUGGGACCCAAGCAUGUUGGCGUGGCAGCUUCUUACAGUGCUCUGGGGACCGUAUUUUGUGCCCCUGGUGAAUUUCAGCAAGCAAAGGACUAUCAUGGUCGUGCGCUGGAUAUUCGUAUGAAGAAUUUAGGACCUGAGCAUGUUUACGUGGCAGCUUCUUACAGUGCUCUGGGGACCGUAACUCAUGCCCUUGGUGAAUUUCAGCAAGCAAAGGACUAUCAUGGUCGUGCGCUGGAUAUUCGUUUGAAGAAAUUAGGACCUGAGCACGAUUUCGUGGCACUUUCUUACAGUGACUUGGGGACAGUUUGUAGUUCCCUUGGAGAUCUUGUGCAAGCAAAGGAUAACUUUGAGCGUGCGCGUAACAUUUUCGUGAAGAGGUCAGGACCUGAUGUCAUUGGUAUCCCUAAGCAGGCAAAGGAUUGGAAUAAACGAGUACAAACCAUUCUUCGCAAAAAUAAUAGGGCUGAGAGAGCUGAUGUCCCUUCUUUGAGAAAGUUUCAAAUCACGGUGCACUCAGUCCCGCCUUAUAUUUUGGCCAGAGGAUCCAUCGCGAAGGCCGCUUAUCAGAGAGCUCUUGAAACGGGAAAGACAUUCGAUAAGCGGGCUAAAAUCUUGUUGAUUGGCCAAGACCGGGUUGGCAAAACUAGUGUCUUACGUUCUCUGAAAGGUGAACUAUUCAGACAAGAUGAAUCGAGCACAUUGGGGUUGCAAAUAGACAUGCCUCUGAAACAUGUUGGUGAAAAACCAUGGAAGAAUUCCAAAGAGGAACAAGAAAAAAGUACCUUCCAUUACAAAUGUGCUCUAAAUAUUAGUAACCAGUUAUUAACUGAACCACCAAACGAAAUUUACGUGGACAGCGAAGUUACGAAGCAAACAGAGACUGAUGAGACACAGAGAACAGAGGGGAUGAUCGGUGAAAUAGGAUCAAACGUGGGUAUGUACCUCAUUACAAAAUGUCUGCAACACAUCUUUGUUGACGGCUUAUCGAGUGAUACCAACAACAGCUUGGGAAAGCAAGACCAUGACAUAGAACCGAGGUCUCGGGUGAACUCAGGUAAAAUUUCUCCGAAAACACAAGGGGACAACGGGCAUCAUGAGAAGCGAAACAGUGACAUGCCUGAUGAAGUGGUGCGACUUACAACUGAAAACCUCUCGAGGAUAGAGUCAGUGAAGGAUGACGGCAUUUGGCCAGUGUGCAUGGAUUUUGGUGGUCAAGCCAUUUACCGUGCUAUUCAUCCUAUUCUCGCUUCGCGUGAAGCAGUUUAUCUGCUAGUGGUUGAUCCUACCAAAGAUCUUUCUGCCCCAGCCCAAUUACUUUUACACUUUUUGCACGAUCGUGGCACAGUGGUUUAUCAUGGUAGAGCGGACGAUCCACUAAGUCUGGUUGUUUUGAAUCCAAGGUGGUUGAUUGAUGUUUUGUGUCAGAUAAUAACGGUUGAAAAACAAGAAGAAGAGAAAACUGUCAUUUCAAAUCUCCGCAAAGAUCUUGGCAAGAACGGCAUUCUUGAUGCUAAACUGCUUGAUUACUCUUGCACAAAACUGGGCGUUGGCGACAUCAAGGAGUCUUUACUUUUCCUCAUGAAGAAGUUCAACCUUCUUUGUGAAUAUACGGGAAAAGAUGGCAGUUCCGUGUAUCUUGUUCCGUGUAUGCUGACCUCCACACCUGACGAUGCAUUUAUGCCGGACGUUUCUGUUAAUCCAGGCCCUGCACCAGUUUAUGUCACAUUCUCUACUCAGUACGUCCCUGGUGGUCUAUUUUCAAGAAUGGUUGUCCUUUUCUUCGAAUCUGUACAAAGACGAAUUGCGUGUGAUCAGGCAAAGCUGUGGGCUAACUCAGCUCGUUUCUAUUUGGGAGAUCAGACUGCAGUUGAUUUUGUUUGCUACAAGCGUGUGAUCAAAGUACACGUAUGGAAUUUCACCUAUCUAAGUAUGGACCCUGUCAAGACCGAGCCAAAAGUUUGCUCAGAGGUCUUAAGCUUUUUGAAGACAAGUUUGGAGAGGCUGCACGAGGAGUGUCAUUGGCUGCAAACAGUAUCAUGGGAUCUCUGCGCUAGAUGCGAUUUGUGUCCACGCGAGUUUGUUCAUGGAACCGGAAAUUGUUAUUGGCAUGCAGAAGUAGAAUGUUGCCACGAUGAUUGUGCGCAUUAUGUUUCCUUGACAAGGAAGCCUUUCGUUUGCACGCGUACACAGGGUCCAAAGUUUUGUCCGCCCAAGACUUGGAGUCAGGUCUUGGACGAUGCCAAUGGUAAAAACCUAAGUGGCCAGUCUUUACAAAGCUUUCCUCAGACUAAGGGCUCUCAAUCAGUGGGGAGGAGUGAAAGAGCUGGCGAGCGAAAAACAGCGGUCUCUUCUUUGGCGCAAUGCAGUUCUGUUCAUUUCGGAAAGCGAGUACUACCGUACCAGACUGCGCAAUCAAUGGUUCCUGCUAAGAUUGCUCGCACAGGUAACAAAUGUCACUUUUUAAGGUCGCGAUCUUACAGGUUACACAAUGUAAUAUUCAAAUGUCGAGAACAUCGUAAUUGGUUCAGGCACUUCGAAGUGUCUCUCGCAGGGAAAAUUUUAAAAGAAGGCAUUCUAAGUAAAGAUGAUCACAUGGGACUGUCGAACUCCAUCUCAGAAGACUGGAGGAGGCUUGGACUCCUGCUGGGUAUUCGCGUGGAAGACCUUGAUAACAUUGAUCAAAGGAGACGUGAUUAUUUUGACAAGGCUCAUCAAAUGUUACGUUUGUGGAUGGAAAAAAACGCUUCGAAUGCUACGUAUCGUUUUCUGUGCCAAGCAUUGUGCCACCAGUGUUUAAAUCGAAGAGACUUAGCUGAAAGAUUUUGCUUUCGCUAAGAAUACUAUCCUCGUUAUGAGAGUGACUGAUAAUUAGGAAAUGGACUUCUUUCUCACCAGCGGAAGCUAUGUUUAUAACUUCAUGUGUGUAAUAAAGGGCUUUCAUUGACUUUUCCAUAGUAAGCUGAAUUAUACACUCGUUUUGAUUGCUUUUUACUAUUAAUCUAUUGGAGGAUUGACGCAAAGAUGACGUCAUCGUUACAAACAUAUGUUAUUUUAUCAUUGUAUGAUGUAAAUAGAUUCCAUGUUGCCGUGGGUCUGUACAGUAAAAGAUCAAAGAAGACGUCAAUAUGUGGUCAGAACAUCAAUGACAAACUCAGUUACCGCAUCAUGACGUCAUCUGUCAUCUGUAAGUUAAACAGACGCACAGCGAGUGACUGUAAUUAGAAUUAUACGGAUGCUUUUCCAUUUAUUUGUAGCCCCAAAAUUUUCAGUACUAUUCGCCUAAUUUAAUUUUUGAGCUUGGAAUGUAAUAAUGUAAGGCAUUAACAUUUAAAAAUAGAUAUUUUCUAGUCUAAAAACCCGCGAAAAACUUCACUGACAAAUUUAAAUAGUGUGAAAGUCUAUUACGCAAUUUAUAAAAAUACGUUAAAAAGAGUUUCGAACCAUAUGGAAACAUCACAACUCUUCUUUGUAUUAAAAUGGUUUAGUUGGCCAUAAACAUUGGUGCAACGCAAAUACAUGUAGUGUUGAAAGGUAUUAGGUGUAAUGCGCGUUAAUUAGUGCUGAAGCGCAUGGAAAACUCUAUACUUUUUUCAAUAAAAUUUAUUUGAAUGUACGACUAUAAA